ACCAUGGAAGCUGGCGACCUUCCCCUGGAGCUGUGGCGCGUGAUCCUAGCCUACCUGCACCUUCCUGAGCUAGGCCGCUGCAGCCUGGUGUGCAGGGCGUGGUACAAACUGAUCCUCAGCCUUGACAGUACCCGCUGGCGGCAGCUGUGCCUGGGCUGCACUGAGUGCCGCCACCCCAACUGGCCCAACCAACCACAUGUGGAGCCUGAGUCUUGGAGGGAGGCCUUCAAGCAGCAUUACCUGGCCUCUAAGACCUGGACCAAGAAUGCCCUGGAUCUGGAAUCAUCUGUCUGCUUCUCCCUCUUCCGCCGGAGGAAGGAGCGCCGCACACUGAGCGUUGGGCCAGGCCAUGAGUUUGAUAGCCUGGGAAGUGCCUUGGCCAUGGCCGGCCUGUAUGACCGAAUCAUGCUGUUCCCGGGGGUGUACGAGGAGCCAGGUGAAAUCGCUCUCAAGGUGCCUGUGGAGAUUGUGGGCCGGGGGAAGUUGGGUGAGGUGGUCCUCCUGGCCAGCAUUGAGCAGCACUGCUCGACCACACACCUGUGCAACCUUGUCUUCAUGCCGGCCUGGUUCUCACCCAUCAUGUAUAAGACAACAUCUGGUCACGUACAGUUUGACAACUGCAACUUUGAGAAUGGGCACGUUCAGGUGCAUGGCCCAGGUAGCUGCCAAGUAAAAUUUUGCAGCUUCAAAAACACCCAUGUCUUUCUGCACAAUGUACCUCUUUGUGUCCUGGAAAACUGUGAAUUUGUAGGCAGUGAAAACAACUCUGUGACUGUGGAGGGUCACCCCUGUGCAGAUAAGAACUGGGCCUACAAGUACCUCCUUGGACUCAUUAAGUCCUCUCCCAGUUUCCUGCCCACAAAGGACUCUGACUUCUUAAUGUCUGUGGACCUGGAGAGUCGGGACCAGGCUUGGAGCCCAAAGACCUGUGACAUUGUUAUUGAGGGCAGCCAGAGCCCCACCAGCCCAGCCUCCGGCUCCCCCAAACGUGGUUCCAAGGAGACAGAGGGAGGCGAUGAUGGGGAAAGGGUGGUCCAGACCCCAGAUAGCAGCGAUGGAGGCAUGAGUCCCAGUGGCGAGGAUGAGGACGACGACCAGCUCAUGUAUAGACUCUCCUACGAGGUACAGGGCCCACGCCCCGUGCUGGGGGGCUCCUUUCUGGGCCCCCCGCUGAUGGGAGCAUCCAUCCAGCUGCCCAGCUGCCUGGUGCUGAACUCCCUGCAUCAGGAGCUGCAGAAGGACAAGGAGGCCAUGGCACUGGCCAGCUCCGUGCAGGGCUGCCUCAUCCGCAAGUGCCUCUUCCACGAGGGGAAGGGAGGUGUCUUCGUCUGCUCCUACGGCCGAGCCAAGAUGGAGGGCAACGUCUUCCGGAACCUGACCUAUGCAGUGCGGUGUAUCCACAACAGCAAGAUCGUGAUGCUGAGGAACUGCAUUCACCGCUGCCUCGCCUCAGGCAUCUUUCUGCGCCUGGAGGGCGGCGGCUUGAUCGCAGCCAACAACAUCUCACACAAUGGUGAAGCCGGCGUGGACAUCCGCAAGAGGUCCAACCCCCUCAUCCUGUGUAACCAGAUCCACCAUGGCCUUCGCUCUGGCAUUGUCGUCCUUGGCAAUGGGAAAGGCAUCAUCCGGAGUAAUCGGAUCUUUUCAAAUAAGGAGGCCGGCAUUUAUAUCCUGUACCACGGAAAUCCAGUUGUGAGUGGGAACCACAUCUUCAAGGGCCGUGCUGCAGGCAUAGCAGUGAACGAGAAUGGCAAAGGCCUCAUCACAGAAAAUGUCAUCCGUGAGAACAAGUGGGGUGGCGUGGACAUCCGCCGUGGAGGCAUCCCCGUGCUCAGGAGCAACCUCAUCUGCUUAGGCUACUCAGAUGGCGUGGUCGUGGGGGAUGAGGGCAAGGGCCUGAUAGAAGGAAACACCAUCUAUGCUAACAAGGGCUGUGGCGUGUGGAUGAUGUCGUCUAGCCUGCCUCACAUCACAAGCAACCACAUCAGCUACAAUGGUCUGUAUGGGGUGGAGGUGUUUAGCCAAAAGGAUGGCUCCAGAGAGUUCCCGGGAGGCCACGGAGCCCAGGAGAACUUCAAUGAGGACGGAGAUGCCAUCCUCUGGGACACGGAGCUGGAGAAGGAUGAUGACCCGCUGCGCCAGCCCGUCACUGUGGCUCUUGUGGAGUCCAACAGUAUUAAUCAUAACGGAGCUUCGGGACUCCACGUCCAGAGCAACGAAGCCCUGCACAUCACUGCCAAUGUAAUCCAUGCCAACGGGGACCGAGGCAUCACUGUAGCCCAGAGCAUCCAGCUCACCCGUGUGGCCAACAACAGCAUCUCCUGCAACCGCCAGAGUGGGGUCAAGGUUGAGGCCCAGUGCAAGGUGGAACUCCGGGGCAAUGGCAUCUAUGACAACAGAGGUCAUGGCAUCAUCACCAAGGGUGACAGCACUGUCGUCAUCGAAAACGAUAUCAUUGGUAACCGGGGCAGCGGGCUGCAGCUGCUGCCCAGGUCUGACACCAAGGUGAUAAAGAACCGGAUCCAUUCAUUCCGAGCCUACGGCAUCGCAGUGCGGGGCCGCUCCAAGGCCCUGGUGCAGGACAACAUCAUCUUUCAGGGCAAGAGCAGCAAGACCAUCUUUCAGCAGAUUGCAAACAACCGAGAGUGCAUCAUGCAGAACAACAAGUUCCUGGUCUUCAAGAAAAAGUCUGACACAUGGCACCUGGUAAACCCACCAGCUCGGCCUCACCUUGAUCAUCCCCUCAGAGGUCCCUCUGCAGUCCCCGGAGGGCAGAAGGUCACAGCCAUGGCAACCAGGAUCACGGCACGCGUGGAAGGCAGCUACCACAACAACCGCAGCAUCUUCUGCACCAUCCUGUAAGCAUGCACAGCUGCCUCAGGCUCCCAAGAGCCAGAGGUGA